AUUCUUCUCCCGCCUCAACUCAACUGCCCCGCACUGGCAUGACACAAUGACGCCUCCUUCAUCCCUGUUGCUAUUGUAAUACUUAAUGACACCAAGCAGAGCUCCAAGCAGCCCAUUCUCCUUCUUGCUUCAAUUCAGCUACCAUUGCGAACUUCUAGUUCUUAGCUAGAUUAGAGCCACCAUGUCCUCUCGCAAACGCCGUGCUGCUUCUUCGCCCAAGAAUACUAAGCAAGAGCCCGCUUCCUUUUCGUCUCGUCGGUGUCAUGACUACGACGAUGCCCUCUUGGAAGAAGUAGCGUCGCCAAUGCCGUGUGACGUUCGCGACUGUUUCGAAAUGGACCAGGACCGCGUAUUCCUUCAAGAGGCUUCCUAUCCGUCCUAUCUCGAAUGGGGCAUUUGGAGCAUCCUGCAACGAUUGGGGUUUUCCUAUGGGGGCGGUGGUUAUCGUCAUCCGGCACUUGACGGCAUGCGCAAUGUCGAUCACGAUGAUGCCAUUCGAUCCUUCUUGGUACAGCGCGGUAUUCCUCCCAAUACAUACGCCACCCUUCAAGGAGAUGAUUUGGAAGCCUUUCUCAUGUGGGUGGCAUUUGCGCACGUUCCUCCCGUGCGAAACGAUCAGACACGGCCACAAGUUCCCGUUCCAUCCGACCAUGAAGCGUUACUCUAUCUACUUUCCUUGGGAUUUCAACUGGACAAGACCAAUAAUAAUCGACAAACCAUUAUUUACCGAAUUAUUAAUCAAGAGGAACGACAAGAAUUUCAAUCCAUCCAUGAACUGAGAUCCUUUGUACGCGCCAGUGAUACCGAAACACUCAUGGCCGGUCUCAUCCAGUCGCACCAAGGUCCCGCCCGAAAGAAACGACGAACGGCACGCAAAAUAGAAAUGCCACUAACCGAUAACGAAUUCUGGGCCUUGCGGUUAUGGGCGGCGCUCUCACCCGAAUUAUUGCCAGGAGAAGCCACGCAACAACAGCAACUGGAGGACAAGAUGGAACAAGAAUCGACUCCACAAUCAUCAGUACCUCGAGAGGAUGACACAAAGAAACCGGCAGAGGAAGAUGAUAAAUCGGACCAUUCCGCCGAAGAAACGAUUGACGAUCGAGAACAACCCGUCGCAGAAACCCCAGAGUCGGAGGCACAAUCCAAAAAGAAACAAGCAAACGAGACGUCUCAGCAGCAGCAACAACCACAGCAACAACAUGAUCAAGAGCAAUCACAUACAGAAGCAGCAACUGACACGCCUCCCAGCGUUUCUGCUGCUGCUGCUGACAACAAUAAUGAAAUGGAUAUAUCGUCGUCGUCACCCACCAGAAAACCAAUCGACAGCAGUGUCGCCGAAUCAACAACCAUUGGAAAAUUAAAUGAUAAAGACGAAGAACAAGCAACCGAUGCACCAACAACGACCACCCUCAACCAUCCACAAGAAGGGUCAACUAUGCAUAACAGGCAACCAUUGGCGGCCCCCGCCCCUGAUCAAGAAGCAGCACCAGCCGACAGUUCCUGUAUCAUUUUGUAGAUGCAUGUUAUGUAUCGAAUUUAUGACUGUAUCUCUGUGCUCAUUUGUACGCUUAUGAAUGACACUGGUAGUGCUUAUCAGAUACUGGUAGUGCUAUCUAGUCAGUUUGAGGAAGUCUCGGCAACAGCAAAAGGAAAUAGAGGCAGCCUGAAUAAUGUCAUUGAAUGUAUGAGAUUCCGGACUUCAAUAUAGUUAUAGAAUGUAACUCCGGAUUUACUUGUCUUUUUCUGCCAACCAAACACCAUCAACCUAACGCGGCCAUUGCUAAACUCUCAGG